AUGUUUUCUUAUUAUAUUUUAUCUACACUAUUAGGAUUAACUUAUUCUAAGUGGACAAGAACGCCAGAAAUAAAAAUCGACAAUUUCAAUUCAACUGAUUCAGCUGUCUCUAUGAAUAUCGAUAAUUUUCAUCAUUUAAUGUAUCCGAAUGCAUAUGAUCUUGACUUAUAUUACCGAUAAGGUAUAAGCAAUUCAAGGAAUUUGAGUGAUUAUGAAAGGAUAAAUAAUACUCAAUUAUAAGAGCAGGGAUGCUCAUAUUAUGAAAGAAAAAUAAUAGUUGAAGAUCAACUGCAAAUUCAACUCCCUGAUGAUGGCAAGUAUAUUUUUACUGAUUUGGUUGUUAUUGAGUAAUCAGCAUUUUUAUUGAGAAAUGAUAAUAAGAUCUUCUCUUUAGAAGUUGUAUCUAAUGGAAAUGAAUUGCAAAAAAUUCAAGUAUAACAAAAGCAUCUAGAUAUAUCCAGAGACUUAAAAGUGAACUAAUAGAAGAAGGCUAGGUUCUUGAAGACGAAGGAUUUAUUAUUCGUCAUUUCAGAAAAUGGAGUCAUAAGUUUCAAUUCAAAAUAGUGGACCAGCAAAACUCUACCAAAUGUGACUAAACAUACUAAUUGCACAUUUACAACUAUUAAUCACAUCCAUUAUGAUGAAAUCUCAAGUAGAGUUUUCGUUGUUUAAGGGACAUAAGGAGUAAUUGUGUUCAAGAUUGUUAAUGGUGAGUUAAAGGAAAUGUAUACAAUAAAUUUAGGUAAUAAUCUAAUAAAAGUGUAAACUAAUGACAAUAAUCUAUUCAUAUUAGAUGAUAAGAAAGGAAUUCAUUUUGUCACUUUAAAGGACGACAAUUAUGUUAUCGAUUUAGAGUUUUUCAUUCCAAUUGAAUAUCCAAUUUCAUUUGUUUACAGAAACAAUUCAUUUUUAGUUGUUUCUUAGACUGAAGAUAAGGUUAGAUUCGGAAUUGAGAUCUUGAUCAACUUUUAAAAUCAUGAAUAUUAUUAUAAUAAGUUCUAUUUAGAAGACAUGUAAUUGAAAGAUGUUUAAGAGGCAGGAGAAUAUAAAGUAUUGAUUGGCUAUGAUGUGCAUAAAUUGGUGAGAACCAAUAUUUAUCGUGGUUUUGUUGAUGAGAAUUUCUAUCAUGGAACUGAUUUUAUGAUACCUUUAUUGGAAAAAGUACAAGAAUUUAAUGGCUUUGUAUUAGAGAAUUCCAAUUCAAAGGUGCAUUAUUCAUUAGGUCUCACUCCUCAUUACUUAUUUGGUUUGGGGAUUAGGGAGAAGUAUCCAGAAAUAGUCUGUUCUUCUUAAAGUUAGAUUGAAUAGAGUUAUAUGAUAGUGAUUAAUUCCACUUAAUGCAAUAAUACAGAGAAAAAUCCAUUUGUAAUUUGUUAAGAAUAGCAUUUUUUGGGACUUACAAUUAAUGAAGUAUUUUUAGACUUUUAAUCUUAAUUACUUGUGGAAGUCGUUUUAAUUUUAGGAUUUAUAAUUUUCAUUAUAUUUCUAGUAUUCAGCAUAAUAAUGUGUCGAAGAUGGAGAUUUGCAAUAUAAAACAUGAAGAGGAAGAGCAAACAGUAUGUGAAUGUGUAAAUGUCAUGA